AUGACAGACGAUGUUUCAUUACGUAAAUGUUGUUAAAAUCGUUGAUAAGAACAAUUUGAGAUUACAUACGUCAACUGUGGACCUCGUCGUGAAGACGUGAUAACUAGAGAAGAAUCAAAUCAUGGAUGUGGGGAAAAUAGCUGUCAACUUGGUCACCAAAUGGCCAUCAAAACAGCAAGUGACACUUGGAUCUUUCUGGCAAGAGCAAACUAGUGUCAUUUUCUUCAUGAGGCGAUUUGGGUGAAUGUUCUGCAGGCUGGCCGCGCAGGAGUUGAGUUUACUCAGUCCUCGCCUCAGCCAAGAGAACGUUCGACUCGUCGGGAUCGGACUGGAAGAGUUGGGAGUGGAGGAAUUUGUAGAAAAAAAGUUUUGGGAUGGAGAGUUGUACAUAGAUGAAAAGAAGAAGUCGUUCAAUGACCUCGGAUACAAACGUUUUUCCAUUUGGAGUUUGCCUGGCCUUUUGUUGAGUCGCAUCGCACGUUCCCAGGCAGCAUUGGGCAAAGAAAGGGGAGUAGGAGGUGAUUUACGCGGUGAUGGAUUCCAGAAUGGAGGAUUAGUAGUUGUUGGCAAGGGAGGCAAGUUGCUGUAUUCGUUCGUCCAAGAGAAUCCUGCUGAUCACGCCGCUAAUGAAGAUAUCCUCAAGGCCUUGAAUUUGAGUGGGCUGAUGCUGGACAAGUCAACCGACGAGCAACGACCGGCGGCCGCUUCUCCGGCUGCGUGCGAUCAAGAUGUUUGCAGCUUGAAACCGAAAUCGCCAGCCUCCUCCUCCGACUAAUUCCCACAUUUCUACAUAUUUUCUUUUGAUUGCUCAUAUCCUUGACCCUUUUUUUUCUUUCCUCUGAGGCUAAUGCCUUCCCAUCUUCUUUGAUUUCGAUGCUGCACAUGUUCACUUAUAAUUGUGUGUGUUUGUGUGCGACUACUAUGUCGAGAAUUUUGUUUUGACUGGCCAAGCGCCAGAUGAUUUUCCUCUUUUAUCUUUCUGUGGUUUCAAUUUUUUGAGAAAGCAAAGCGCAUUAUUGGGAGGGGGGCUCCUCCACGGUCUGCCAUGAAAUCUUCCGUCUCAAAAUUUGCUUUUGCAUUGGACGGGAGAUUGAAUUAGAGGAUUAAAAAUAUGUUUUUUUUAAUUUCUGACCGCGACGGUUGUCCUUUCACGAUAUUGCGCUGUAGCAUUUUUCUCAAUAAACGAAUGGAAUUAAAA